GUAUUACGCAGCCAAAACGAACACAACUCCGCUACAAACUGCUUGACUAUGCCCUCCCAUUUCCCGCGUCACCAAAAUUCCUUCCCUCUUCCUCAACUCCUCCCCCUCCUCCCUAUUUCUAUUCCUUUCUUGUAGUGGAUGCCUCCCCAACGACCCAUUCAAUACCCACUCCACAACCACCACCUCCACUACCCUCACCAACCAAACCAAACCAAACAAAACAAGCCCCUCCCUCUCCCUCUCAUCGAAUUCCAAUUCUGUUACAAUUAAAGCUGUGGACUUCUCCGUCAUGUCCCCUCCGUCACUCAUCAUCCUGAUUUCUGUAUUUUCUAUCCUCUCCCUAUCUACCUCCCAACCUCCACCUCUUCGCCGUACUUUAAUUGAUUGCGGUGCUACCGUGCCGUCAACAAUCAACGGUCUUCAAUGGAUCCUAGACACUGGCUACAUCACCGGUGGAACCGCAAAGAACCUAACAGUUCCAGUACUCAAUCACACUCUCUCCACCGUCCGAUCAUUUCCUCUGCAAAAUAAUCUCCGCCGCAAAUUCUGCUACGUGGUCAAUGUUUUCCGCGGAGCAAAGUACAUGAUCAGGUCAACUUACUUCUACGGAGGAAUCAACGGCAACGAUUCACCUCCUGUUUUCGAUCAGAUUGUUGAUGGAACACUCUGGAGCGUGGUGAAUACCACGGAGGAUUAUAGAGAUGGCAUGUCGUCUUACUACGAAGGUGUUUUCUUGGCUCGAGGGAAGACUAUGAGUUUCUGUAUUGCUGCAAACUCGUACACGGAAUCUGACCCGUUUAUUUCGGCCUUGGAGUUCGUGAUUUUGGAAAAUUCGUUGUACAAUUCGACUGAUUUUAAACAGGCUGGACUUAGCUUGGUUGCCAGGCACAGUUUUGGCCACAAUGAACGUAUUCGAUAUCCUGAUGAUCAAUUCGACCGAGUUUGGGAGCCAUUUGGAGCAAAUGAUUCAACAAUAUCGAGUAGUAAAAAUGUGUCUGUUUCUACUAUCUGGAAUCUUCCUCCUACCAAGAUAUUUGAAACGGAAUUGACAACCGGGCGGUCAAGUCCUCAGGAAAUGAACUGGCCUCCAGUGCCACUUCCUAAUUCAACAUACUAUAUUGCUUUAUACUUUGCACACGAUCAUAAUUCCUCGCCAGGGGGUUCGAGGAUUAUUGAUAUAAGUAUUAAUGGUGUACCGUAUUAUAAGAACAUGACUGUGACGCCGGCUGGUGUUGUUGUCUUUGCAAAUAAGUGGCCUCUUGGUGGUCUUACGAAGGUUGCUUUGACUCCAGCUACUGGUUUGAGCAUUGAUCCGUUGAUUAACGGUGGAGAGGUGUUUGAUGUGAUUGCACUUGGAGGAAGAACACUUACAAGAGAUGUAAUAGCUCUGGAAGCACUGAAAAGCAGUUUCCAGAAUGCUCCACAUGAUUGGAACGGUGAUCCCUGUAUGCCACGUCAGUUUUCAUGGACUGGAAUUGCAUGCUCUGAAGGCCCCCGGAUACGAGUGGUUACCUUGAACCUGACAAGCAUGGGUCUUUCAGGAUCACUUCCACUUAGUAUUGCCAGAUUGACUGCAUUGACUGGCAUCUGGCUCGGGAACAACACUUUAUCAGGAUCAAUACCUGAUUUCAGUUCAUUAAAGAUGCUGGAGACAUUGCAUUUGGAAGACAACCAAUUCACUGGCGAGAUUCCUUUGUCACUUGGAAACAUCAAGGGUCUUCGAGAACUGUUCUUACAGAACAAUAAUCUGACUGGCCAAAUCCCAAAUAAUCUUAUUGGGAAACCUGGACUGAAUCUUAGGACUUCUGGAAAUCAGUUCUUGUCCCCGUCUCCUUCUUAAGCAGAACACGUUAUGUGCACCCAAGGCAAAGGUUUGAAAAAUUUGCUAGAAGCUUUGCCAUUGUCAGAUCCAGAAUCAGGUUUUUUUUUUUUUCCUGUUUUGACCAGUCUCUAAUUCCUCAAUUCUACGAGGACCACAACCAUAGACUUCAACUGGGUGUGCAUACCAAGUCAAUGUGAUUGUUCUUUAACAAGGCACAGUUGGAUUCUGCUGUCAACCUGUACGUAAACAACUGUUCCUGUAUAUACAUAUUCGUUUUUUGUUGUAUCAUAUUUUUUAAUCUUUAGUGGUGUUUUACAUAA